UUAAUCUACAACGGGAAUGACAUACAUCGGAUUAUAAAAACUGUUGUGUAUUUCAAUGUUUACGUCAGAUACAUCGACUUCUAACACUAUACUACAUCGAACCUUGAAACGUCUCAUCAGACUAAUCGACUUGUUCAAGCUUAGCUUCUUCUGUUUAAUAGAAAAUUCAUUCCUCGAUGUAUUAUAAUGGUUAUGACGUACAUAUAUGCUAGCGAUGAGAAAGAAAUUCGUACCACUGUCAUUCUACUGUUAAAUCAUUUUUUACUUUCUUUCAGUCUCAAAAAAGGAAUAGUUUCUUUCUUGUACAAAAUUCCCCACUUUAAUGGAUAUGAAUGUAACACGUUGACAACAUUGUUACAAUGUAACAAACAUCUCUUUCUAAGAAAAAUUCCACAUCAUUGAAUGAUUCGUGGCGACAAACGUGAUAGAGAAAUAUGUACUAUACAAAGUAUUAAAACAAGGAAGAAGGUUUAUUUAAGGAUUUUCAGUGAACGUACUGUAUAUCCAUAACUAGAAGUAUCACAAAAAUUGUCAAAUUAGUUGAACCUCGUUGAGACACCUUUGUAUAAAAGCCAGUGGGCAUAUUCGCUAUGAAGAAUGAGACAUUUCGUUACUAUCCCUGAUCGACAAGUGUCAGCAGAUCCGUAAAAUCGCAGAGACUCUCAGUGACCGGGUAGGAGUGGCGGAAGAGAACAAACAUCGGCGGGCCAAUCGUGAAGAAAGGGUGGUCCGGUGGAUGUUUGUCUUGUUGCUCCUCCGGAGGGAUGCUGGAAUCGCUGUAGAGAUAGGCAACGUGUACACGGUGCGGAGCCAAUCGCGCGCCACCACGGAAACAUCCAAAUGUUGCAGAAGAUUAGAGAGUGAUUUCUUUCAGCCGGCUGGCCACUCAGUCGUCUAUCAACAAUCGCCCUGAGACGCCAGAUAGUUAGCAAUUUAUUCGUUCCUCUCGCUGUUUAUUCGCAUAAUCAAAUUUGUAUCUUCAUCGUCGCACGAAAUUAAUAUCUUGUUACGGUUGAGUGAUCAAAAGACUAUGUUGCGUGGAAAGAGUAAAGGUAAAGAGGAGAACGAGGAGGAAGAAGGUGAGCUGAAGCAGAGGAGACCAAAGUGUGCUCGGUGUAGAAACCAUGGCUUGAUUUCUUGGUUGAGGGGACACAAAAGAGAAUGUCGUUACAGAGAGUGUCUUUGUCCAAAGUGUUCUCUGAUUGCUGAGAGGCAAAGAGUAAUGGCUGCUCAGGUCGCCCUUAAGAGGCAACAGGCAGCUGAGGACGCUAUUGCCCUAAAAAUGGCUAAAGUAGCGACUGGACAGAGAUUCAAUCGACUUCCUCCAGGGAAAAUAUUUGGCAUGGCAGUAACCGAACCAAAGUCAGUCGUAGACACUAACAAAGAAGAAGAUCCUCCUCCUAAAGAGGGCUUACAUAUUGAAGAUCCGAGGAAAGACAAUUCUCUGAACAACCAGUGUCAGGAUUCAUCAGCGAUCAACGAGAACCCGCCAAAGUACAAGAGCCUGGUAUUCAACGUGAACAAUUCAGAGGAAACAAAAGAGAGCAGCGUGUCGCAGACUUCAGUGGAAACAUUAGCUCGACUUUUUCCCAACACGAAGCUCUCGGUACUACAAUUGGUGUUGCAAAGAUGCGGCCAAGACCUCCUGAAAGCCAUCGAGUACUUUGCCAGUGAAAGUUUCGGGAUCAAUUCGACCACCUACGCAUCAGCGUUUCGACCACCUCAAACCAUCAACGAGACCAGGAGUAACGAACAUAUUGCAGGCACGAUGUUGGCUCCAAUAUAUUCUAGUCUGUCCAGGAACUUCUACGGAGAUGGUUACUGUUUGUUGAACAUCGUUCCCGAUCAGUUUCCCAAAAAUAUAGCAGAUACGACAGCUUGCAACACGUUACCCAUAAAGAACAGCGGACAACACGAGCAAGAGGGAGUAGCUCUAAAUGUUCAGUAUAACAAUUACUUCAAUUCUGGCGUACAGCAACAGCUGAGAGAUCAUAUGUAUGCUCAGGUUACGGAUCAUCUUUCACCGAGGCCUGGUUUUCUUCAUUUACCACCAGUAUUGCCGGGUAUCCCCUGCGUGCAACCUAAUUGCACUCAGUGCAGUUACAAAUUUCCCUAAGCAACUGGAGAAUUUUUAUUUGAUUAGAUAGAUUGAUUUCGUUUAUUUUAAUUAAAGAGCUUGUUUAGAUACCAUUCGAAUGAGAAAACACGACAAUUCACAUAGCCAAAAUUGUAUUUCAAACGGAUUUAAUGAUUUAUAACUCUGAUGCAGAUUUCUAGAUCUUAGAACAUCGUGUGCUCGCUGUUGAUAAGGCUGAUUAAUUACGGAUUUGAAAAUAUUAUCAGCUUAUCGUGUGUGAAACUCCACGUGAACUUAACGAGCGUUCGCGUGGCCUAUGGUGUUGCUAUCAGGGUAGGGGAAUUUCCGUGAUCGGCAGACCUUAAUCUUCAAAGUUCAGUGUGACCAGCCGGAUCAAGCGAAGCGUGUUUCUAGCAUGCAUCGCUUGUCCCAAUGGCAUACUCGUCUCUCUACCGAUUGACCUUUGAUCGUGAAGCGUGAAAUACAAUCUGUUACAGUAGUUCGUGAUGUUUUUUAAAGUU